UGCUAAAGUAUUUAAGUAGACAAAUACGGCUAGUAACUACUGCAGUGAGCAGGAUCGCUGCUCUAGAAAAGCUGUCUGUUGGGGAUCUGAUGCAAUCUACCCGAAAAGUUUUGGCACUUUCUAUACUAGGAUAUACUGGCAUCAGUCAUAGCAAGGAGGCUACAGCUCUGGAAAUUUUCUGAAGCUGGAUAUUAAUAAUUUUGUGUCUACAGUUGACAAAAUUUGGGAGCAUUCCUUGACCACCAGUCUGUUGCCUGUUCCUACUCUUCAUUUUUAAAUACACACCAAAGUGCAGUCUUCUGAAUGGCCACAGGUAAGGCUGUCGAUUUGUGUGAUCCUUCUCUGAGGCACCUUCAGUGAGUCUACUCAGUUUUCCAGAAGGGAAAGGGGCAAGAGCUGAGUUCAGACCUGGAUACCCUUCUAACUAUCAUAGAGAAAAAGUGAACUGCCCACUAAGGCUUGCACCCUGUACUUAGGAUGCAGCCGCUCUCUGUCCCCUGCCCCAAUGAACAUCUGCACUAGGCCCAAGCCUUGGAGUGACUUACCUGAAGAGUGACACCAUUUAUCUGAAAACUGCUAAAGUAUAAUUGAGAGGAAAAGUGUGAAAGAAAUGCAAAGGGGAAACAAUAGGAAGAAACCCAAGACAGCUGAAAACCAGAAGGCAUCUGAGGAGAAUGAGAUUACUCAGCCGGGUGGAUCCAGCGCCAAGCCGGGCCUUCCCUGCCUGAACUUUGAAGCUGUUUUGUCUCCAGACCCAGCCCUCAUCCACUCAACACAUUCACUGACAAACUCUCACGCUCACACCGGGUCGUCUGAUUGUGACAUCAGUUGCAAGGGGAUGACCGAGCGCAUUCACAGCAUCAACCUUCACAACUUCAGCAAUUCCGUGCUCGAGACCCUCAACGAGCAGCGCAACCGUGGCCACUUCUGUGACGUGACGGUUCGCAUCCACGGAAGCAUGCUGCGCGCACACCGCUGCGUGCUGGCAGCCGGCAGCCCCUUCUUCCAAGACAAGCUGCUGCUGGGCUACAGCGACAUCGAAAUCCCAUCGGUGGUGUCAGUACAGUCGGUGCAAAAGCUCAUUGACUUCAUGUACAGCGGUGUGCUGCGAGUCUCACAGUCGGAAGCUCUACAGAUCCUCACAGCCGCCAGCAUCCUGCAGAUCAAAACAGUCAUAGAUGAGUGCACACGCAUCGUGUCACAAAAUGUGGGCGAUGUGUUCCCGGGCAUCCAGGAUUCUGGCCAGGACACACCAAGAGGCACACCAGAGUCAGGCACAUCUGGCCAGAGCAGUGACACAGAAUCAGGAUACCUGCAGAGCCAUCCACAACACAGUGUGGACCGCAUCUACUCGGCACUGUACGCUUGUUCCAUGCAGAAUGGCAGCGGCGAGCGCUCUUUCUACAGCGGUGCAGUGGUCAGCCACCACGAAACUGCACUCGGCCUGCCCCGUGACCACCACAUGGAAGACCCCAGCUGGAUCACACGCAUCCAUGAGCGCUCCCAGCAGAUGGAGCGCUACCUGUCCACCACCCCUGAAACCACGCACUGCCGCAAGCAGCCCCGGCCUGUGCGCAUCCAGACCCUGGUGGGCAACAUCCACAUCAAGCAGGAAAUGGAAGAUGACUAUGACUACUAUGGGCAGCAGAGGGUGCAGAUCCUAGAACGCAAUGAAUCGGAGGAGUGCACGGAAGACACCGACCAGGCCGAGGGCACAGAGAGUGAGCCCAAAGGUGAAAGCUUUGAUUCCGGGGUCAGCUCCUCUAUUGGCACCGAACCUGACUCAGUGGAACAACAGUUUGGGGCAGGAGCCACAAGGGAGGGUCAGGCAGAACCCGCCCAACCUGAGCAGGCAGCAGAAGCCUCAACUGAGGGCAGUGCCCAGCCAAACCAGCUAGAAACAGGUGCCUCCUCUCCAGAGAGAAGCAACGAGGUGGAGAUGGACAACACAGUGAUCACUGUCAGUAACAGCUCUGAUAAGGGUGUCCUACAACAGCCUUCAGUCAACACAUCCAUUGGGCAGCCAUUGCCAAGUACCCAGCUCUAUUUACGCCAGACAGAAACGCUCACCAGCAACCUGAGGAUGCCUCUGACCUUGACCAGCAACACACAGGUCAUUGGUACAGCUGGCAACACCUACCUGCCAGCCCUCUUCACUACCCAGCCCGCGGGCAGUGGCCCCAAGCCUUUUCUCUUCAGCCUGCCACAGCCCCUCACAGGCCAGCAGACCCAGUUUGUGACAGUGUCCCAGCCCGGCCUGUCCACCUUUACUGCACAGCUGCCAGCGCCACAGCCCCUGGCAUCAUCUGCAGGCCACAGCACAGCCAGUGGGCAAGGCGAAAAAAAGCCUUAUGAGUGUACUCUCUGCAACAAGACUUUCACAGCCAAACAGAACUAUGUCAAGCACAUGUUCGUCCAUACAGGUGAGAAGCCCCACCAAUGCAGCAUCUGUUGGCGCUCCUUCUCUUUGAAGGAUUACCUUAUCAAGCACAUGGUAACACACACAGGAGUGAGAGCCUACCAGUGUAGCAUCUGCAACAAGCGCUUCACCCAGAAGAGCUCCCUCAAUGUGCACAUGCGCCUGCACCGCGGGGAGAAAUCCUAUGAGUGCUAUAUCUGCAAAAAGAAGUUCUCUCACAAGACCCUGCUGGAGCGACACGUGGCUCUGCACAGUGCCAGCAACGGGACCCCUCCCGCAGGCACGCCCCCAGGUGCCCGCGCCGGCCCACCAGGCGUGGUGGCCUGCACUGAGGGGACCACUUACGUCUGCUCCGUCUGCCCAGCAAAGUUUGACCAAAUGGAGCAGUUCAACGACCACAUGAGGAUGCAUGUGUCUGACGGAUAAGUAGUACCUUUCUCUCUUUCUUACGAACCAAACAAAACAACAACAAAAGAAUAAACAAACAAACAAACAAAAAGCUAUGGCACUAGAAUUUAAGAAAUGUUUUGGUUUCAUUUUUACUUUCUGUUUUUGUUUUUGUUCCGUUUUAUUUUGUACUACAUGAAGAACUGUAUUUUGCCUGCUGGUACAUUACAUUUCUGGAGGCUCGGGUGAAUAAUAGUUUUCCCAGUCUCCCUUGGAUGGUGGCCUUAAGGCCUGGUAGUGCUUCAAGAGGUCCACUGGUUGGAUCUCUAGCUACUGGCCUCUAAAUACAACCCUUCUUUACAAAAAACAAAAAAACAAAACAAAACAAAAAAACAAAACAAAAACAAAAAAAGCAAAAAACCACACACACAAAAAAACAAAAACAAAACAAAAAAAUCUUUUAAAAAAGUUUUAAAAAGUUUAAAAAAAAAAAAAGAAAAAGUUGUUUUCCACUCAUGAAGAGCACUACAAAAUCUAUAAGGAGAUGUAAAAGGCCUGCUGUCUUUAAGUACACCGCUCACAGUGUUUCAGUGGACAUUUCACAAUUCUGGCCACUUGGACUUCACAGUAACCAGUUAAAACUGUGGAUUAUCACUUCUGGUUGAAAACCGAGAGGAAAGGCCCUGCUGUUUCCACCUACAUUAUUAAAGGGCUGUGGGAUGGGAGGGGGCAGUGAGCCCAGUGGUGUGGGGAGAAAGUGGCAUGGCAGGCUUCUCCCCAAUUCUGCCAGGUCCACACCCUGGCCCAACUCCUUCACAUCCCCCCCACACACACUUUCAGCAGAAGCCAGAAGACUUGGACAAGCAACAAGCAACAGUGGCUAUCGUAUUUAUUCAGUGUCUUCGCUGAGCUGCAGCCUCAGCGCAAUCAGGAGGGACUUUUAUGAAAGGCAGGAAUGCAGAGAAAAUGAUAACAGAUUUCACACUUAUGUUUCUAGGUACAAGAGAAGGAUUAUUUCCAACAACCUUUGCAAAAAAAAAAGUGUCAGGAUAUAUUCUUGUGGAAGAGAAAAAGAAAGAGAAAUGGAGGGUGGGGGGAACGAUAAAAGUUCUUGAGGCUUUUUUAAUUCAAAAUUUUAUAGAGGGGCAAAAGUGAUGUUUACCAGAUAGAAUGCUGAUUUUUUAAAUAUAUUUACAACAGUAUUUGUGUAAAAAAAAAACAAAAAAGUAAGAUUGUCAAAAGUAAUUUUUUCUCAUUUUGGGUUUGCAUACACUGCCGCCAGUCCCUUCUCGUGUACACACACACACACACACACACACAUAUAUAUAUAUAUAUAUAUAUUUUGGUAAGUCAAGACUGUUAAGGUUAGCGAUACUGCUUCCAGAUAGAAAGAAUAAAAGGCAACUAAAGUUAUAUUUGAAAGAGAGGAAGGAUAUUUUCUUCAUAUUUUUUUCUUAGUUUUUUAUUAUUUUAAGUAUUGCCUGGGUUGCUGAGGGCCAGAGAGGCCCACCCACCCCUGCUGUAAUUUCAGCUGCUGCUCUGUUUUGCUGUGUAGAUCUUUGACUUCUAGCAAGCUUAAGUUGCUCCACUGAAUAUUUUUUUCAUCGAUCCAUCUAGAAUUCUGUCCUUUUUCGUGGGAGGGACAUGACCCUUUAGCAGAUUUCUUCUCCAAAAUUUCACUGAGCUCUUAGGAUUCUAGAAUUUCCAUUUACCUUGCUUUUUCUCUUUGAUGAAACACUAGUAGUCUAGAGAUCUUGACAAAGGGGUUUGUUUCCUUUAUGGUCAGCCAGGAAGAGGACUCUACAAAACUCUACCCUCCACUGUGUAAACGUCACUAUGAGAAGUCUGUUACAAACUACAAUGCGUCGAUGCCAAAACUCCUUUCUUUCUUUAAACAUCACCUUUGGACUCUUCCCACCAUGGCUAAGAGGGUCAAGUAGGGUGGUCCCUCUUUAGUCGAUUAGUAACCCAAUUUCCCUAUGCUAACAGCCAGCUUUCAAAAGGCCCUGGAUCUUGGGCACUAUCCCAGGUGCCACUCUUUCUAGUUGAGAUCUCUCUCCUUGGUCUUGAUCAAGAAACCCUAAGAUUUUUCCAAUUUUAUACAGUGUCCUCAAGGGAAAAAUAGGACUUUUUAAACCUAGCUAAUACUGGAAAAGUAAUUUCAUGACUGGGCAUGUUUUAGCAUACUUAAAAGGAAAAGUAAAUAUUCCAAUAAUGCAGGAAUAUCAAACUACAUUUUUAAAAAGAAGAAAAGAGAGGAUAUUUUCGUUUCUAAAUUGCUCUACAUUUUAAUUUAAUUUUCCUCCUAAUUUUCCUGUUAGCAUUUUAUUUACAAAAAAAAAAAAUGCAGCAAAAGAGGCAAAUUUUUCCAAGGCAAGCAACUCUCUAAUGACUAAAUUGGUUUUAUUCAUAUAUUUUAGACAAUUGGUUAACUUGGAUCUUUUCCAUAUGUUCUUUGUGGUGUUUAGUAGUUUGUGCAACUGGAGUGUUUGUGGAGUUUGAGUCGGUCUUAUGGUGCUUCAUUCAGGGGAUAUUUUGCUAGAAGUUGUAAUGUGGAUUUGGAUGCUUAGCUGACUACUGAGGACCACUCAUCUUGAUUUCUAAGAGGACAACCAAGAAUGUGUGUGAUCUGUGUUUAAAAUGUGCCAGGACUCCCUCCCCACCCCACCCCACCUCACCCCACCCCAGUAGUGACUUCAUGUUUCCUUACCACCAAUAGAGGGAGCAUUAAGUAACUACAUCGUAGAAUCAUUUUGAUAAUUUCAAAAAUGUGUAAUUUAACCCAUUAGAAAAAAAAAAAAAGACUGACAUUGUGAUAAUUUUCCUUAAUCUGAUGAAAAAGAAAGAAAGACAUGAAAUCACUUAUCAUAUAAAACAAACGAAAGAAGGUCAAAACCUAGUUUUAGUUACUUUCUCUGUUGUCAGGGGUGCAUUUAAAAAUAAUGCUUCUAUUCAAACCUUAGCAAAGUAGCAGAAUUCAUAUUGUUUCUGGGAAAACUUAUCUUGAGGGCUGUUGGGCUACACUUCCCCAUCUACUUCUUAAAUAUGAAAGAGACCCAUUUGCCUUAACGCUCAUUUGCCAUUGUCAGAAGCUAAGCAAGUGGGUUAAAACUCCAACAUCUGUUGUAGAGUACUGAGGAAAAGAGCAGGUGACUGGAAACCCUGGUGUACACCCCUUUCUUAUUAAAGGGAUUGCCUCCUUUUAAAAAGGGUGGGGAGGUCCCUAAAGAAUUUUGGUAAGGCCCUACUGUCUAGCUCAUUCUGUUGUAUUUAUUUUUCUCCCAAAGAUCUCACAACCUAAAACAUUUGACAUUGUUCUCUAGAACUGGGAGGCCACUAUAUUGGCAUGAGAGCCCUCAAGCAAGGAUGCUUCUUCAGGGCUAAUGGCAUUAUCUAGCCUUUAAAGGGCUGCUUUCUGACUGAUCCACAAUUUUGAAUAUAGUCCUGUCUGCUCCUAUUCCAAAAGAUACAGGAGCUUGAUUGCCCAUGCACAAUCGCUGUCUCGAAAUCACAAGUAACAGAGGGGCCAGGAAGAGUCUUCUUAAUUUUUGGUUUCCAGUCCUGAAGUUUUUAUGAUGGAUGCUGAAAGUGUUUUUAAAACCAGAAAAGAAAAAAGGUCUUUUUAGUAUUCAGGAAAACACACACACAGAGUGAUAGAAGCAGAUGUUCUAGGCAGAAGACCUUAAGCACAAAGAACAAGAGCUGGUAUGCAGAAGAAGAUAAUUUUUAAAACAAUCUAUGAUUUUUAAAUGGAAUUUGUUGAAUACAAAAACAGAAAAAAUGUCUGAAGAAUGUUUGUCUCAACACGUUUAUAUAGAAAUUAUGAAAAUUAAAUUCCCUAGCACUAAAAACAUUGAUAGUGUCUCAGCAUGUGGGUAGUUUUUCCUGUACUAAGUACCAACAUUUGUACAAAAAGAGCCCCUUCCUGUAAAAUAACCCCCCCAAAAGACCAUAAUUAUAACUAAUGGAUGUUCAGUUCUACAAUUAAAAACAAACAAAUGAGAAACAAGUCUCCCGCAAUCUGAAAUGAGAAUGUAUAUCAAAGUUUCUUCAUUGUUGUAGACGUGCACUCCUCACAGCCAUGUUGCAGGCUCUCCCAUCCCAGUUCUGUUUGCCAGGAAUGAGGGUGGUACAUAACCGUGGCUCAUGCCUCAGGUGUACUGUUCCUGCCUCCUGUAUCUAGAGGUCACAGUAGCUCUUGGCCUUAGAAAGACAUGGGUUUGCCUCUUUCUCUAUAAGUCAGAGAGCUUCAUUUUUUAUCAUGAUAUCAUGUAAGAUCAAGAAAACCCUUUCCAACCCCUGAACAGGGUGAGUCUGUGUCUGAGUGAGCAAGAAAAGGUUUCCUCUGGGCAUGCUUGUUUCCCUGUCAGUCUUCCUGUCGUCACCUACGUGUGCUUCCAUCUCCCACACCAGCACGGUCCUGCUGCCCCCAAAGCAGUGUUUUCUUUCAGCAUAAAAGUUAAAAAGGAAGUGGUGCCUCAUAAAACCUCUCUGGUCCCCAGAAAAAUACAGCAAAGUUCCUUGUUGCUUUUCUAUUGCAAUCCUUUAAAAUAACUCUAACUCCCAACACCUGUGCCGUGAGGAAUGUCCAAGUGAGGUGAUUCUGGCCAGGAUGCAUAGCAGAUAUGUCCAUUCUGAGCCUUCCCGAUGUUGCAGAAGAAGUUGUUUGAUUAGUUAGGGUUGGUCAUGGGGAAUAAUAUGGUUCUACAGAAGAUCACAUCAGACUGGCUCUGCUGUGACCAGUGUGGCAGCUGCAGCAAAGGGAACAAAAAGGUGUAGGCCAGGAGCAGACAGAAGAUAUCCUGUAGGGGAAGAGAACAGAGGGUGGGUACCUUCUCUGCUGUGGCUUGACUCUUAAAAGAAACCCUCCAAAAAGAAUUCUUUAACUUAGUAAUGAGUUGAAGUCCAGGGUAAUGGAAGCUCUGGGGGAAGAGAACAAAAGAAUUGCACAAUGUAUUCAGUACCCAACAAUACCAAACCAGAAAACACCAAUCACAAAGCUAGGAAGUUUGGCAAGAGGCACUUAGGGAAACUUCCAGCCUUUUCCAUGGGUAGGGUCCGCAGACUUUCUUUUGAGUGAUUUCUGGCUCAGAGAAACCUCUUUACUCACUAGAAAAGAACUUUAUUUAAAUGGCCAAUUUUGUCCCCUGGGGAAAAAAAGAAAAAAAAUUUAAAAAGACAGAAAAGAAAAAUAGGACACUAAAGACAGAACCAUGUGAGUUGGUGACAAACAAAAGAAAGGGGACACUAGAAUUUCAAUAGACUCCCCAAUUGGAUAGAAAAGAAAAAAAUAGCAAAGCUACCCAAGAGCCUCCCAGCUCCAGACUCCUAGUCUGCUGGGAGGGGACAGAGUGCUUGAGCUGACCUGGCUGCUAGCUUUCUGGGGCUGGGCAUAACUGGGACCCUGGCAACCUCCUCCUUAAUUCUGUGUUUUCAUACAGAAAAGGGACUGUUCUCUUAGGUGCCCGGGAAAUAGGUGGCAUGGGGCAAGCUUCCAAAAUCAAGCUUUGCCCUGUGCUCAUGCUGUCCCAGAAGAGCUUCAGCCCAUACAUGAGAAUCCUUAAGUAUUCCCAAGGGCUUUGUGUGCAGAGUUACCAUUUCCAAUACAUCUUAAACCUCCACAAGAGACAGGCUGUGUUCCUGUAAAGUUGCACAUGUGGAAGUUACUAACACAAAACAUCACUUCUGGCACGAUGAACAGCCCAAGCCAAAUCCCCCAAGGAGGUCUCUAAGUUUCUCAAGAUGCUUUUCUGCUUGACCACUGAACCCACAGCAGUAAGUGGUGUGCAUUACCAGGUCCCAGGAGUGGCUGUGGAACUUCCCAUUCACUCUAAGGUGAAGAGACAAAGAUGAAGGCUUGCAAGGCACAAAUUCUUUUUCAGAACCAAGUGUCUCCUCCUCACUGAAGGAGGAGUAGAAAGGCCCAGGACUAAAACUAGAGUUUUAGCUGACUGACAGCUGCCCUUCCCCUGUGGUUUCUUUAGACCCUAUAUGUUGCUCCACAGACUAAAUACUGAAGUAACAUCAGCUAAGGAAUUUUCACAAGAAAGUGUUAGGUUGUAGAAUUAUUGCCUUAAAUUAGAAACCCCGGGGGGAAAAAAAAGCAAGCAAACAAACAAUACAGAAAUGAAAGGCUAUGGAGAUAGGGGCACUUCUUGCUUUUUAAUGGUUCCAUAAUCACAAAAAAGUAAGCUCUAUUCAUGACUGAGGACUAUGGAAACAGUGACUUCCUGGGGAGGCACCAAACUUGUAGGGGAACCGGCUGCUUUCAGGAAGCAGCUAUUUCCUGUCUACUCUAUUUCAUUGGUAGGUCGAGGCUGAAUAUAAAAUAAGCAUGUUGCUAAGUAGCAAGUCCCGUUAAACAGAAUCACAGGUGCCUGGAUGACUCUUAAAUGUCUCCUUAACUGGGAGAACGAUCCCAACACACAGCUUUCUUUUUUUUUUUUUAUAGAAUCAGCAUCUCUACAGUCUGCACUUUGUUCCACCUCAGUUCUGGAGUGUAUUUGGUUUCUCUUGUGUGUCUUUGUUUAAAUGCAGAAUCAAAACUUUCAAUUCUUUAGUAAAGAGGCAUCACCUGCAUAUCACAGACAAAAGCAAGCCCCAGUCAUGAGGUCCCAGCCUCAACAAUGCCUGGAAAUAGUCAGUCUCCCCUUGGAUCUCUUGCGAAUUGAGAGGUUUCUUGGUUCAGAGUACUUCCAUGAGAUUCUCAUACUCCUGCAGCAGAGAGAAAAGAAUUAACCCCCCCAGGAGACAUCUGUUUCUACUGUUGUGCAGCAGUUGUUAGAGCCCGAAGCAUCAGUCUUUUGCACGCAGAUGCUAAUAGCAAAAGUGGCUUAACCCAUCCAGUUUGUCACAGCUGCUGGCCAGAAUAUCUGCACCUUAUACAUGUGUAUGCGUUGGUGUGAGGUUCUUAUGCCAUGACACUUCAUUUAUAUUCUCCACUGACAACAGCAUAGACUUGGAAAUUUCCAGCUACAGUCCGAGGCCUGCCACUGGUCAUACACCUGCUUUCUGCUCUGUUACCUUGGUUGGGUGCAUUGGUAUGUAUGAUGAGGCUUUAGAGCAUGGGGAAGUAGCCCAACUGUCAGUAGUUUGUGCAUAGCCUUUUGAGGAGAAACUUGAACAAAUGCUACACUUCUGUGGAUUUACCUGUGUGUGUGUGUGUGUGUGUGUGUGUGUGUGUGUGUGUGUGCACAAGACUACACACAUUUGUAUGUUUGUGUAGUUAUGUUGUCUGAGUGUGUGUACAUCCCUCAGAUGAAACACACACAGGCAGAGUUCCUGGUGCAUAGAUACAGUUGCCUCUUCUACCAUUGUGCUCAGACUCAUGGCUCUCUUCCCAGGAAGCAGUCACCUGCCCACUCUGUUGCUUUUUGUAGCAUUUCAGAGUUAGGAGAAACAAAGGCAGCUUGUUGGCUCCACAGCAAACCCACAGGGACAGGCUGUUUCCCUCCAGAAGAGGGUGGAGUACACAUAUUCAACCAGGCAGCAGACCAGAGGGGGCCAUCCAAGGCACCUCACAGGACUCCCAGAGGAGAGGCACACCCAGGCAGGUAGCACCCAGGCAGCCCAGGAUUGAGCCUGAGCUCAAAGGCCAUUCCUGUCUUCUCGGGAACCUUGGAGGCUUUAGAGAAGGAGCAUGGUCUGCAGAUCGUGGAUAAAGCCUAGCCCCAGGCAUGAAGUCUCAGCUUGUAGCAUGUGCACACCCUCACACACAGGAACUACAUGGAAGUCCUGCUUCCAAACUGAAACUCCCGGAUGCUGCCUGCAUCUGCAGGACAUCACUGUCAUUCACAAGCUGUGUCUCCUGACCAGGGUGGCCUUCGCCAGAGUCUUUCCAGAAUGGGCUAUUUACCAUGUCUAGCAAACCAAUAGAAUAUCAGAGGGCUAUCUUGAAGGGAAUCUGUAAGAAUCAGUGUCUCUUGCCUAUGUCAGACAUUAAUGUAGAAUGCUACUCUAAUAUAAUAUAUUGAAUGACUGGACUUAGCUCUCAUAGGUAACGCUUGAUGGCUUGAUGACCUGGAAACAGUUGGAUUUAGUUUUCUCACUCCAAUGCCCUUCUUUUACUAGAUGGUUUCGUUCUCCCCCCCCCCUUUUUUGUAAUAUGUAGAUUGUUUCUCCUUUACAGAAUUCAGAGGACCUUUCUUUCCUCUUAUGUUUUAGUGACAUUUUCCCUUCCCCUAUGCUGUAAGGCUACUUACAAUUGCAACUAUUUUUGUUGGUUAUUAUUUUUUCAAACGUGUGUUGUCUUUCUGUAUCCAAAAGAAGUCUGUGACCAUAACCACAGUAUUUCUUUUUACUGGAAAAAAAGUUCAUUUCUUGUUUUUGUUUUUAUUGUUUCAAUUAACAGUACUAGUGGCUCUGUGGAAGACUAUGGUUACUAUUUAGGUAUGCUUACUUAAGUACAAUACACUACAUUGCAGUGUUUCUGAAACCUAGAAUAUACGCAUUAUAUAUAGCAACUCUAUAUUGAAAUAUAGUCCAUUGUAUUCAUUUUAACCUUGAGUCUGCCAAUGAUCAUGAGUUGAUUGAGAUGUCAUUUCUUCAUAUAUAUCACCCAUCACCACCUGAUGCAGUUAAUCUGGCGCAUUAAUUUUCAUUAUGGCUCCAAUUUUCUUUCUAUAUUACCAGCUUCAGUGUUGUCUUUAGAAGAUUCUAGUUUGCUUUCUAUAUUAUCACCUUCAGUAUUGUCUUUAGAAGAUUUUAGGAUUUUUUUUAAAGCUUAGCACAUGUAGGAAAGUGAAAGCUGUUUCAACUUUAAAAAAAUUAUUUUGCUGUGGCUUAUACAAAGAAGUUCAUAUUCCAUGUGAGCUUCUUUAACACCGUGUCAACAUGUGAAGAACAAAGGUUGUACCCAUGAACACACGUGUCUGUCAUCUCCCCCUUUAGCACCACCAUCAUCUGUACUUGCUUUAGAAAGUAAGACCAAGGAGAUUCUUGUCUGUCACAUUAUCUGACCAGCUAUCAUAAGCUGCAUUUCAAAGGGCUGUUUUGGUGAGAGGCAAAGACAAGGAAAUGCCUCACUCUGCCGACUAUAUCUUUGAACACUAGUUUUCAGUAUUGAUCCUUUACCGUCUGCUCUCUCUUUUUGUUAUGCCUGCAUUAUUUUCAUUAGUCUUCAGCCUUUCCCUGGAGGCAUUUUGGAAAUACACUAUUCAUUUUCCCAGGAGAUUUAUUUUUAAACUAAAACCACAUUUCUGGAAACGUUUUAUUAACAGAACUCAAAAACAUAUAUGAUGUUUUCCAGCCUGUAGACCCCAUACUUUAGUGGUUCUUGGUUACCUGGCACUCAACAUCUCUACUUGCUUUCUUCUCUAGCCAGGCCACCAAGGGAACAUUCAGAAAUCAGAUAGCCUGUCUUCUAACAGAAGCACUUUCAGGUCAUCUUUUCAAAUCAAAACUUUCUUCAGCUGCCCUCUGCUAUCCCACCAAAAGCCUGGACGUCAGAAUCAGAUCAACUGAAGCCCAUCUCCUUCUCCACACUGUGUAUUCAGGACAAAAUGAAGUAUAGAACCUCCCCGUGGUGGGCCAGUAUUUAGGCUUCUCAGUGUGAAUAGACCACUUUCGCCUUCAGUCUUCCAUCAUCAAUUAUUGAGUCUCAUCACAUUCUGCUGUGCCUAUUCAGUGUCUCUGACCCCAGCUCACCCAAAGUCUCCUUGGCAUCUUCCACUUGUGAAGCCUGGCACUCAUUUGGGAUCUUUCCUUUAGUCACUUUCGAUGACACUAAACUAGAUCUAGUAGGAAACUAUUUUCAGUGAAAGACCUGGCAGCUGAGAAACGUGAUUAUGAACUGAGUGGUAGUGAGGCUGUCCGUUCAGUGAUCAGGUAUGAGGUAAAUUGUCCCAACUCCAUUAUUGUUGCUUUCCUUUCCUUGCCAAAUUCUCCUGGUUUCUUGUUGUUUCUUUUUAAAGAUAACUUUGAGCUACCCAAUCAUCUCUUCCAUGCUUCCCCCUAAAAUAUUACAUUAUGACCCCCCAAUCGUUCAUGUCUUUCUUCUCCCACUCUUCUUAGCAUCUUUCUUUAAAUGAGUUCAUAAACUUGAGGCUCGUAGGCAGAAUGAAGCAUGUCUUCAUUUCAGCUUCAGAUUUUAAAGGUUGUCAGUAUCUUUUGAGAGUAGGAGGACCUGAGUCACAGUUUUAAAUGUCAACUGUACUAGUUGAGAUCAUUAAUUCCUCUCACCUUUACAUUAAACCAAAGAUAAGUAUUUUCUGUUUUUUUAAUACCACAGUUUUCAGAUUCUUGAUAUGAGUAGACCACUUCUAAGGGAGGGGAAAAAAAGCUCCCAUGUUGAUUAUUUCUGAUUGUGCUAAUAUUUAUCCAAUGACAUGAUUGCCAGGUACUAGAUUUACAAGAAUCUGAAGAAAUGGGUAACAUUUCAAAAUCACUUUGGUAGCUAUUCAUACCAAAAGCCACUUCCAUUCAAAUGCAAUGUAAGAAAAGUUUAAGAGCAUUUCUUCAUGUAUUACAUUUUUUGAAAAGCCAAAUAUUGAUUGGACUGAAACUUUUGUUUUAUAAAAAAAAUUACCUUGACAUGGCAUAUGUUUAAAAAAAAUGAGACUAAGGCUGACUGGGUCCUGUACUAGAUUUGAUGUGCAGGACUCAGUUUAUAAAUACAGUAUGUUAUUUGGCCAUCAUUCUGGAGCUCAUUCCAAUUACGGCUUUCUGGGCUCCAUGAAGAAGACUGAAGUCAUUGUGGGUGUAGCCCUUUGAGGAUACUUGUAAUAUCAUUUCACACUGACCCUUUAGCACAUUGCCCUCACUCACUAGGAUAUCACAUUGUCUCUCUGCUCAUACAAAGAUAGAGUGUGAGACAGUUUGCAGUGCACAGACACUUCUUGCUCUACCUUGAUACCCAAAAUCUACACUUAAUAUGAAACAUGUAUUGUCACUCGACUUGAGGCUUGAUCCAGCUUUUGUUUAAAACAGUUUGGAGCAUCAAUUUUCACAGAGAGGAAUGAGAUAAAUGGCAAGUUCAGAAGCCUUCCUGAGGCAGGCAUCUCUCAAGAAACCACCAUGUCUUAAGGCUAAUGUUUACAUUUCUGAAGACUGUGACCUUUGCUUGGCAUGUCCUCCAACCUAGUCUUACCUUCAUCUCUUCCUUUUCCCAUUUGGGGCUCCUGCCAUCUCUUUUGGAGGUACUCUGUAUCAAAAGAGCUCUUGUCCUUUGGCAUUGCUAUCUGAAGGCAUAGAAGAUACAGGCAUCCUAAGUGCAGUGUGGAGUGGGAGAGGUCUGGAUCAGAAAGAUCUCAUUCAAUUCUGUUGAUCCAGGCUGCCCUCUUGCCAUAGUUCCUUCAGGCUCUCCAAGAGAUCCAACCCUAAGGCCCAGGAUUUCUCACCACAACCUCUUAAGAUCGUCACAGAUGAAUGUCUAAAUCCUGUUUAAUAUUCUAGAGGGUCCAGGGUGUGAAUUCUUACUACUCAGGAGCCUCCUGUUUUUACAAGCUGGCACCUGUCAACAUCACCAACAGCCCCAACAGUAACUAAUGCAGCAAAAUAAUGGUCAGAAACACUAGGGUGUAUAUGUGAGAGAUUAGCAAGUGAUUUUUUUCUUCUUUUACCCAUUUUUUUUAAAAAAGGCUUCAUACCCCUCCCAACACAUUUCAGAAAACCUGCAUCUCAUUUUACACUUAAGUAGUUUUAGUUUUGCGAAUGUAGAUUAGAUAAUGUUCUGGAAUUGAAGCUGGUAGCAAACGAGUUUAUUUUCUGCACUGGACGUUAGGACAAGUGUGCAUGGAUGCAAUUCCUUCAAAGAAAGUGAAACGUGGUAAAGCAAAGGGACAGUACUUUUACACAUUAAAACAGUUGUCUGCUAUCUGUAAACCUUGACUUAAUCAUAAUUUUAACUUCGUAGAAAUCUGAAACUGGAGGAAUGUGUAUUUUAGUAGAGUUUGUUUGUUGAUUUGUUUUCCUUUAUGUCUUUCUUACCCAGCUAGGGAAAUGUUUUGAUUCUCUGACUUGAUGCUGUCCCUGCACAUCAGGUGACUGCUGCCUGCCCCCCAGUGGUCUUUUGUCCCUUAGAAAAGCCUUCACUCUUCUGACAAGAAGUCCUUCCUCAUGAAAGUCAUGUGUUCCUUUUCUGCUGUCACUUAGAUCUUUGAGGAGAGAAAUUCUUUCUGCACUUUAAAGAUGGAAUAGUUAAACAAAAAUUCCUUGAAGAAGAAACUCUCUUUACUUAAACGAAUAGGUCUGGGCCAAAGAACGGAACUGACUGUUGAAAGUCAUUCUUCUUGUACUACAGACCAUCAUUGCCUCCUCAAAUCCUUUUUGGAAUAAAGCUGAGGAUAAAUUUAUUUUCUUAAUUGGGAUUUUUCUUAUAGUAUCUAGUACAGAAUUUCCAGUAAGGAAAAAAAGAGUGAGCAUUAAUAAAAUAUCAUCUUAUCUAUCCAUUUUCAGAAUGGUAGGAAUUUCAGUCCUGUUCAUUUUAAGUUGUCUAUGUUCAUAAGGUCUGAAAUAUGGAAACAUCCACUUAAACUUCACUCUGAAUCCCUCCCUGGCACUGAGAUGGAUGGAAGCAGAUAAUCUCCUCCACACUGUGUCCAUGUCCAGCAUCACAAAAGAGAAAAGCACAAAAUCAAAAAUAGGGAGGGGCCAUAGUGCUUCAUCCGAAGAAUACUCUGUGCAGCUCAGCUUAACUUACAAAUAGCUUGACACCUUUUUUAUAACCUGGCUUUUGUGCUAUAAUUUAAAUUCUUGGCUAAAACUUGGGAAAUAAAUGCAAUUUCAGUUAAGUGAACAGAAGGAAAUGGGGGGGGGGGAAGCAGGAUAAAUCAAUGAAACUAAACUGAUACAAUUCUGCAUUCUUAAAACCUGUUUUCAGGGUUACCAAAGAAUGAUCUCACCCCUGUUCUGUCAUUCCUUCCCAUCUCUUUUUGAUUAUUUGAGAAUUAAUAUAACUAUACUCUUGUGAUUCAUGACUUCUGUUCAUGCUAUCAAGACUAUCUAAAGAAUGUAUAGAAACCCUUGACUGCUGUGCUCCUGAUCUCCAGGGCAAAUGUGAUGUGUGCACACAGAUAACCAAGAAUGGACCAGCGCUUUGAUAAGGUUUUGCAGUAGCUUGGUGCUUUAGCUCACAGCUAGGGGAUCUUUCAAAACAAAGGUAGCUGUUCUCCUCUUGGCUCUUCAUGGGACAAAUCUUAGCUGGAAUCCACAAUAGAAUCAAAGGAGAAAAUGCCCAAAGAUGCUUGAGCAGUUAGUGUUCAUCCUUACUCCCAGCGAGUUAGAUUUCAGGUUUUUAGAGGAGCCUAUCAAAGAAUACAUUGAGGAUAAUUUGCUUCAGCAUAACAAAUUAGGGUCCACUUUAUACCAUUGUUAAAGAAUGGUGGUUGUCAGAUGAACAGGGAGUACUUAGUAGUCCACAUCCUUCACAGCAAGCAUAGGUAAGAAGCCCAUGGCAGAGAAAGUCUACACUUGCUUUGUUUUCAAAAGCCCCACAGUGCCAAAUGUCCUUGCUUCUUUCAAUCUGACACUAUGCGUUGAUUCUCCUCAAAAGCCAGCAUGUAUGUGUGGCUGGGAGCAGUCAGGCAGAGUCACAUGUGCAAAGGGAGGGUUCAGAUACACUGGAGACAGAUUCUUAAGGGUUACCACAUACCAAGUGCUUCUCCAGACUCACUCACAUGCUAAGUCCCAAACUGACUCUGUCAACUUUCAGUAAGACAUAACCUCCAUAAGAAAUCCCACUGCAAAUGUUUUCUUUUUUAACUGCACAAUAUAAGGAGAGUUAUGAUACAGAAUCUGCAUUUUAGAAUAAUAAUUCACUUUGUAUUUAAUAGUUCUACUUUUUGUAUAAGAGUCACUGAGUUAUUUGUACCAAUUUAAAAUUCAUCAUUUUGAGAGAGGCCUUGCAAAUUUCUGUGUAUGUGGAUUAUGUCUGUAUCUGUGUAGCCAGGCCAAAAAACAAUGUAGAAAGCAGGCCUAUUGAUGUUAUGUAAGAUGGCUGCUGCUUGUAGACCUUGAAGAAUAGCUGAUUCUGCUACUCAAAAAGAGCCUUGGACAGUUAAAUUUAGGCCUGAGUUUUAGGAAACAGAAAGGCUCUUGCUUUUCUUUCUGUACUCAUCUCCCAUAGUCCCAGUUACCUGACAUGAGAAAACCAUUAAGUGAAAGCACUACUGACCUUUGCAUUGAGUAGCCAUUUUCCUCCUCUAACUUAUCCCCUUAAUUGCAACUAAACUCUAGGCCUUUCUUUUCUGCCUACUGGCUUAAUGUCUUACAGAACAAUAUAGAGAUACAAGCUGGCUUUUUCUCUCCUUUGAGCUGAAACACACAGGAGCCACAAAAGAGAUGAAUCACACAAGUGUGAGGCAAAGGCUGUGUUUCCCACUUUCAUAACACUGGUAACCUUUAGUAAGAGCUAUUUACGGUUGAGCUUUGAGUGUGUAGUCAUUUUGGUUUGUGGGAUUUCUUUCUUUUUUUCUUCUUUCCUUCCUUCUUUUUUUUUUUUUUUUCACUAAGCAUAAGUGCACUGCGUUGCACUACUGAGAUGAUGCUUUUACUCGUGCCAGGAGAGUGUGUCAAGUAAGGGAAAAAAGAGGCGAGCUGGGAGACUAGGAACCUCACAAAGACAAGACAGAGAUCUUUUCCAUUGGUCUUUACAGAGUCGGUGAGAAUCUGUGGAAUUUUCAACAACCCUUGAUCAAGUCUAGAAACUGAUAUGCUGACAAAACCUGUUUUCUUAUUGUAUGGAAGUGGAGGAUAAGAACAAAUUGAGGAUAUUUCAGAACAAAUUUAUUCAAUUUUGUUUCCAAAUAAGCUUACAGUAAGAGCCACAAGAGUAAGAAAGCUAACUGAGCUGAUGGAAAGCCUUCACCUUGGCUCACAAGAUGACACAGCACACCUCUGUGUGCCUGAGGGUCUUGGUGUCCAUGUUGUGAUAUCCUUUCAAUCCCUGACAAGACCUAGAUCUGGGUAACCAAAGAGGAAGGCCAUGCAUGUGGUGACACUGUAAGGUGACAGUAAGGGAACAGUGCAAUAAACACUGCCAGCCAGUGAGGUGAAUGGCCAACUAGAAAACUGGAGGAAGGGUCCGAGGUGUCAUCAGAAUCCACGAGCUGCUCCAUCCUAGACUGUCCUUAAGCAGAGACUUUGAUAGUGCCUAAAAGUUGAAAGCUGUUGCACCGCCCCCCAACUUUUCAAUUUAUUGUUAUUGCCUUUUUAAAUCUCAGAAGCAACCGGAGUUUGGCAGCUCUUUAGUAACUAUUAGCAAGAGGAUCAUGUACCACCGGAAAAGCAAUAGACUUCGUGGGGAAUGAAACAUGUGUAAGGGUUCUGAGGGACCCCUCCAGAAUCCCAGAUGACAGCUUUUAAAAACUCUUGUCCACUAAGAAUCACAACCCAUGUUGAGUUUCUUGGAACAUUGUCCCAUGUGAGGGCAUCAGUUUGGAAAACUCCCAGUUGAGUCAUUUUCUCCUCCCUCCAUAUCAUCCAUCACAGUCUACCUUUCCAAGUCAAAGUUUCCUCUUAAUAUACAAAAGCGCUAGCCUUGCUAGUUAAACCCCACAUAGGCCAUUCAGAACUAAAGCAGCCCCUUAGGCAUGCAGAGCAUUUCCUAUAUUCAAAUAGGAAUUCUAAAUAAGAGAUCUUAACAGAUACUUAGAAUGCACAGGGAAAGCACUAAAAGGACAUGGGGACAGCCAACCAAAGCUAUGAGAAGAAAUAAUUGGCCUUUUAAAGUAUCCUCACAUUGACUAUUGUUGGAUACCUUUCUUCAAGCUUUGGGGAACAAAUUUUUCUUGAAACUUGGAUAUUCGCUCCUUUUCUGUCACCAAAGAUUUUCUUCUCCAUAUCCCAGCCUCCUCUCUCCCAAGCAGAAGUACCAUAACAGGCCUGGGGAUGCUUCCCAUGGUUGACAGAGGACACCCUCCUUCUGUUCACAGUGGUAUUUACAGAUUGUGAGAGUAGAAGGGCUACUAACAGUCUCUAGGACUUGAGAGUUAGUCAUAAAAGGUUAAAAAAAUACACAGUACUACUUGACAAUAUAAACUGUGUGAAAUACAGUUGUAACCUGGAGGCUUGUGGAGAGAAAGAAACUUCCAUGGAAGAAAGUGAGUUAAAUAAUUUAGAACCAAGCAAAGAUCAUUGAUGAGAGAGAGUCAAUGAGCAAUAUGAAACGGCAAACUGGGGCUCUCUGUGUGCCCUGAGCCAAUGGCAUGUGAAAGUAGACAACAAGCCAGAGAACUCCAGUACUGAGAUGCUCCAGUGUGGGGAGUCUUGCUGUGACUGCUGAGGUGGUUGAGAUGUUCAUGGGAAGGGAAAUCCGUGGAAGCAGAUCUGUCAUGAUAGUGCCUUUCUUGUUGUAGCAAGUGAUGUAUUCAGUUACACUUUUCUGGACCAUUGCCCCAUCUUCUGAGGAGGUCGGAGGGAUGAAGGGAUAGGAUAUUGCCCCUGGAAUGCUGUGAUUUGAAGAAGUUUGCACUAGAUUCUAAGCUCUCCUUUAAUGAAAGAAUGAGAGGGAAAAAAUGACAACUCAAAGUUAAAAGAAACCCAAAGUAAUGUGUUCUUUUAACAUAUCUCCCCUUCAGUACUACUUUCCCUCCUUUCCUUUCCUUCCUUCCUCUCUCCCUCCCUUCUUUAUCUUUCUCCUUUUCCUCUUAAGGGAAACUACACAUUUCUUAUUACCAAAUCCAACUCUUAACAAUUCUUUUUCUUUGUCCCCACACACACACUGAACCAUAAGUUAAUCAACCAUUGGCUAGAGCUAGCUAGUCAAGAGCUUCUCCCCUUACAAUUUUGCUUGCCUUCUCUGCCUCAUCAAGCAUGUACCACAGAUCUACUGGACCCACCCAGCUCUUAUGGAAGCCAGUGAGUCUGGAUUUCAUGCCAAUAGAUGACCUGACACACAUUGUGAUCUGUAGCUCAUCCAAAAGGAUGUUUAGAAACAAAAUGAAGCCACUGUGUUUUAGCAUCAGAUGAAGGUAGUGCCCCAAGUUCACCUGUUUCUUCUUCUCCUCUCUCCCACCUAUUGCCACGUCCUCUCCACCAGAAUGAUACUUCAUCUCAGAUAUGUCACCAGUAGGAUGAUAACUCUUCCAAAAUUAAAACCAAGCAAAUACUAUUAGCAACUCCCUUAUGGUUGGAUAGCUUCCCAAGGGUAUCUACCUGAUCUUGAUCAUCAGUUCUGAUAACUUGGAAGUUUUAGCUGGCUCAAACAUCUGUCAACUUUAUUUUCAUUUUGUUUCCAUUUCCAUUUGAAUAUUGAGUGAGAGUGGAAAGGUAGAAUCAUGGGAAAGAUUUGGAGGCUGCAAUUCUAGGGUAUAGCUUGUCAGAAUUCUGUAUUAUCCAAAAUAGAAUUUUCUACUUGUUUCCAAUUUAAUGUUACCCCAAAUAUAAUUUCUAUUACAUUUAUUGUUAUUUUUAUAAAGAUAGAGUCCAUUUGCUAUGUCUAGUUGAGUGCUCUUUUUCUAUUUCCCCACAUGGAUGCAGUACCAACCUGUUACUUAAAUAUCUUUUUAUUAUAUUGUUAAUAUGUAAUUCUACUGUAGACCAAAAAUAUAAAAACAAAUUUGCUCAUUUAAAACAUAUAAAGAAUCUAGUAAGGAUGAAGAGAAAAGAUGAAGAGCAGUGGUUAACUGUGUUGUUAGAAAUCUAAGAGUAGCCUUACCUAUUUUUAACCAGUGCUUGCCAGUCAUACCAUAGUUGGGAUUAUAUUAUCUUGGCUUCUUCAUGCUUCUGUUCUACAAAUCUUGUUUGUCUAUUUUAUUUGAUGUAAUUGAGGUUGCACAUGAUGCUUUUUUUUAUAAUGCCUGAUUUUAUUGUACUUUUAUCACUCAUUUCCUUUAGAAGAAUGAGGGGGAAUGUUUUAUUUCUACUUUUAAUUUAAAUUUUGUUUAAUGCACUGGAAAUAAAAUUGGACACAUUUCACUGUUUAAAAAUCAAAAACAAAACAAAACCCCGAAGAAAAAACCAGCAAACAAAUCAGUAAGUGACACACACAAACAAAAGCUAUGGAAAAUAAUCUAUUCAUGUAAAAUAUAUGUAUAAGCUAUGUCUCACAUGAGAGAUAAAUACUGUCAAGUAAGAGAAACAUAUAGUGUAAGCUACAGUGCAGAAAACUCUUUAAAGAGGAACCUGAGUUUAAAGUGUGUGGAGAAGACAGGCCAUUUCUUUCUGAGGAGAGAUCUUGUCAUUAUUCCAAUAAAAACCAAAUAAAUUGAAUGCAGAAGAGAUUAAAGAGGGAGUAUCUCAGCUACACACACACACACACACACACACACACACACACACACACACGUUGAGAAGGCUUUGUAGAAAUGUCUGUAUCCAGUGCACACAUGCACACAUGGCAGUGCUCUGAUGGUCCUCAUGCUAUUUCACACAGUUCUCUGAGGCUUACCGGUGACAGUCACACACAUGGAAGACUGUAAGUCACUGAAAUUGGUGUGUGUUAACAAAGCACUUCAAUCCAGCCUUCUCCCUUCUCCAGCAUCACCCACUACAAGGCCAGCUGCCCCACACAUGUGCACAGUGAGAGCUCAGACACAGGUUACUUCUCUUAGCCAACGGGUUCAUUAUUUGCUCAAAUAUUUGCUGGGUUUUUCUGGUUUUGUUCUGUUUUAGAAUGGGGUGGGAGUGGAUGUAACUUCACAAUCCUAAUACAGUAAAGUUUUGCAUCUUCCAUAUCUUAUGCAAAAACAGACAUUUAAAUCAAUAAAUAAUUGUGCCCUAGACUGAAAGUUAAUGUUUAGGAGAGGGAAAAAUUGUUGGAAUUUUUUCUACAUUUUUUUGUGAAGAAUCUUUUUUGGAAAGGAAGGAUACAUAUUUUUGUUGUGUAAUAUUUUCUAUUUUUGAAUGCAUUUUAUUGGUACAAGACUGUUUUUUUGGUGAAGACAUUAUUUAAAAAAAGAAAAAAAGAAAAAAACUAAUCGAAAAGUUUGCCCUUAAGGAUAUGCUGCAGUUUUGAGGUUAAAAAAAUAAUAACUGAUUCAAGAUGCGUGUGAAAAGUUGGGAUUAUAUUGUUGUUUUUUGUAAUUGUUACAAGAAGAAGUUUGUACCCACUGCUGUUUAUUUUGUUUCAGAUGAGUAAGUAAAGGGAUUGUUCUUGUUUUAUUCUUUUUUUAGAGAAAAAGCUAUUUAUGAAAUGUCAAAAACACUGGACUGUGAGUUUAAGUGUGGAAGCAUUUACCACCCUGUGUCUUCAACCGAUUAUGGGAAAGCCCUUUUCUCUUCCCCCCGCCUUAGCCUUGCCAAAUGAGGAAACAUAACAGCUCUCAGAUGACAGAGGCCUCCGAAGCCCUGCUUUAAUUUUUUGGUCUGAAAAAGUCGGAAAACCAAAGUUAAAUUUGUUUCUGAAAUCCCACUGUCCAUAGCCCCUUUUUUGUAUAACAUAGCCGGUUGGCUCUGCCUCUCCAUCUUGGAUCAUUGCCUUCUUAGGAACCUGGGACCAGCUCUACGGAGAGAGGCAUGAAGGUGGUGAGGUCUCCCGAAGUGAAGUGGGAGUGGGACUUGAGCCUCCCCAGGGCAGCUGAGCUUCUUCAUCCAGAGGCGAGGAUGCCAAGAGCACACACAGCCAACAGUGCCUGGAGGGCUUACCGCUGUCACCUUCAUCUUCUGCUUCUAAGACCCUCCAGUUACCAUGGCUCUGCCUUUCCCAACAGCCCACGUUCCAUUGAUGGGAGGGGACGGGAUCCAAAUAGAAAACAUGGCUACGGGUGCUGUGAAGGCCCCGGCCCUCAGGAGGUAAAGCAAGGGACCACUCAGCACAGGGCUCUUGCUGCCCGCCUCCUCUUUGACUCUGUGGAUUGUCCAUCCAUCUGCUCACUGUGAAGAUGGAGAGGCAGUGUGCCCUGAGGCUGUUCAAUAGCUUUUCCAUAUUUUUUCAACAUUGAAAAAAUAAUUUUUAAAAACUGUGAUAUUUUUUAAAAAAAAUCAUUUGGCUGGAGGGAAGGGAAAAGGGAAACACCAAAAGCUGUAACAUGAUUAACUGGAGAUAUUUAUAACUGGGGCACUUUCCAGACCAUGACAAAUACAUUCUUUUCUGGACCCUAAAGCAGCAAACUCUUGAGAUUGUCAGUGACAAAAAGCUGAAGAGAGGCAUCCCUUUCCUCCUUCUUUCUCCUCUGUCUCAAAAUCUCUCGUUUUCUUCUAGCUUCCCUUGAUAACUGGCCAAUGGGCUUCAUACUUCAUAUGUGCAAAAACACGUGCACGAGCACACUCCCAAACACACAGACACACAAGCAAAAAAAACAAAACAAAACAAAACAAUCUAUUUCUCUUGAGGAUCGUGGGACCGAAUUAAAGUCAUGUGCCUUCAUUUUUUCCUUUUAUAGUUAAGUGAACCUCUUCCUUUUUACAGUGUGUUGGGUUUUGUUUUGUUUUUAGAAGAGGGGAGGUUAAAGUUUUUCUGGAAGAUUUUAAGCAUCAUUUAGAAGAGAAUUUUUGAAAAAACAAUUCCCCACUAAAUACUAAACACAAACAUCUCAACCCCUUCACAUUGCACUGUGCACACUUAGAGCAUCAAGUAGUCAGAUACCUGACAACCUAACCCACUUGAUUUUAGAGUGGUUUCUGAAAUCUCUAUUCCUAGACUUUUUUAUUAUUUAUCAAAAUGAGGCGAGUGAGGCAAGUUGCCUUGCUCUCCUAACUUGGUGCUUUUUCUUGUGGGGGUGGGGUGGGGUGGGGUGGUGGUGGGGAGGUAGAGACUGAGGGUUCAUUCAGAAAGAUCUCUGGUGCUGAAGGGCCUCGAGUUCCUUUCAGAAAAUGUGUUUGACACAUUCUUACGCACACAAGUGAAUGAUAUCACAUGCAAUAUUCUAAUGGAACAAGGCAAGAGGCUCUCUGAAGUGGGGUUUUGCUUUUUUUCAUAACAUUUGAUUUCUCUGGUGCCUUAUUCCUACUCGAUGCUGGCACUCACAUACCCACGGAACAAACGCUGAUGUUGGCCUCAGGAAUGAGGACCUCUAGGUGAUCCUUGAGCAUGUGAGGGACAUGGAACAUUGGAGUCAGUGGGGAAGGAACUAGAUGGCAUCUCUUAGCUGAAACUACACAGGGACUGCACAAGCCCAUCACAGUCAAGAUUAGCAAUGCACAUGCAGAUGCGUGCACAGACACACACACACACACACACACACACACACACACACACACACACACACACACGCACCAAAUAUACUCUUUCUUCUCUGAACUUCCCUCCUUCAUUUCCUAUCUCUGCCUUCUCAUAACGGUGCUGCUGCUGCUGCUGCUGCUGCUGAGGUGCCCGGAGUCCAGAAUGCCCAGUAAUCACUCAGGCACAAGCCUGGCACUGCCACGUCAGCCCUUGGCAAGACCAAACCCAGGUUUCUCUUGCCUGGGACUGAAAACCGUCAGAUUUUUCUCAACAACAACAACAAAAUGUUAUCCAAGGAAUCAGUGGAUUACAGUUACUCUGCAUUGAAAAUGCACUUUAAAAACUAAUACAAGCUCCAGACUGUUUAAAACACACAGAGGGAGCAGGGGAAAGAUAAACAUGUGCUAAUGUCUGAACCCAGUUCAGCUUAUCUCCAGUUGAAACAAUAUACACUCUAUUAUGUAUAAAUGUAUACACACUUCCUAUAUAUGUCUACACAUAUCUGGUGUAUAUAUUAUACAUGUAUAGGCCUGUGUGUGUACAUACACACAUGCACAUAGCGGAUCAGAUGCUCAUUAGUACACAAACAGCAGCAGAGGAAACAAGGUUGGACUCUUGCAACAGAUCACAAAAAAUAAAAACAGCCACUUGCAGUGACUUUGGUCAUUUCUGUAUGUUCAUAAAGAAUGGAUUGUAACAAAGAAAAAAAGGAACAGUGUUAGUGAUAGAGGAAAACUGGGCAAACCCAUCUUGAUCCAAUGGGAAUGCAGUAAUGUUCUAUACCAUUUCACCAAUUAUUUUUUUUAGUCAUGAUGAUUUUAAGUUUUGGCUAUUAAAAAUGUUUUAUAAUCAAGUGACUACAUCCAAGUGAACAAAACAACUACAGUGAAAGCCCUUUUCAGUAGGAAGAUGUCAGAAAUCUCAAAACCCUUGGCCUGGCUCAGAACUACCAUGUGCAAACCAGAACUCUCUCAACGUUUGAAAUAAAAACUUUAAAACUCUUUGAAGCACCUUAGUGUGGCCAUCCAUGUGACGAGUGGGUGCCACUUUCUCCUUUGAGCACCUUAUUGACGUGUUUUACUAUCUGCUGUCUAUCUGUUACCUGUUAGCUCAUUAGCUAGCUGUUAACACACACACAUGUGCACAGACCAGACAUCUGGGCAUGCGUGUUCUCAAUGAAGUUUACUGUGGUGACUGCUGAAAGGCGAACUCAUUUCCUGAUUCUCCUGCCACAGUGUUGUGAUAAGACUCGAAGAAACCCUGUCCCUGCACGGAAAAAUGUUCCUUAUCACAGUGUAUAUUAAGGUGGGAAGGAAUAUGGUCCCUUUUAUGCAAUUGCUACUGUGUAUACACACCCGUGCGCGCACACACUGUAUAUUCAGACCUAACAAACACAUAUACACAUAGCUCAUUUGUCCAAGUGAUAUUUCAAAUGUCUCUGUGGGUGUCACAAACUGUAUGCAGUUUUCCAUUUCCCAGAGAAUGUUGAAUGGAGGGCAACUUUUCAGACUGAAGAACUGGGCACUGGGAAAGAGUUUGGAAAGAGUAAGAGGCAAGAAAAGAGAGACCAUUAAAUCAAAAGAAUAAUUUCCUAAGAGGAACUGUGUGAAUGGCUGUCCACGCAGGUGGGUGUGGAACACUGUCUUCUCAGUCUGCGCUGUAGAAACCCAAGCACACAUCAACACACAUCCUCCCACAGGGACAUGGUCCGGGAUGAGCAGGUCAAUAGUUUUGAGAGGGAGUUUGUUCCUUUUUUUUUUCUCUCAUUAUACUCUUGUUGUCAGUUAUUAAACAAACAAACAGAAAAAUUGUUUUGAAGAACCUUGCAUACGCCUUUUCUAUCAAGUGCUUUAAAAUAUAGACUAAAUACACACACCCUGCCAGUUUUUCUUACAGUGACAGUAUCCUUACCUGCCAUUUAAUAUUAGCCUCGUAUUUUUCUCACGUAUAUUUACCUGUGACUUGUAUUUGUUAUUUAAACAGGAAAAAAAAUUCAAAAAAAAGAAAAAUUAACUGUAGCGCUUCAUUAUACUAUUAUAUUAUUAUUAUUGUGACAUUUUGGAAUACUGUGAAGUUUUAUCUCUUGCAUAUACUUUAUACAGAAGUAUUACGCCUUAAAAAUACGAAAAUAAAUUUUACAAGGUUUCUGUUUUGUGUGGAAGAGUAAUUGAUGUUGCUAAGAAUGAUGUUUGUUUUUUGGGGUUUUUGUUGUUUUUUUUUAAAUGUUACCAGCACUUUUUUUGUAAGUUUCACUUUCCGAGGUAUUGUACAAGUUCACACUGUUUGUGAAGUUUGAAUAUGAAGGAAUAAUUAAAAAAAAACAAAAAAACUCUUC